CAGACAUAACGGUUUCCCUGUCAAUUUUCAAUUCACACACACACUCACAUGCUCAUGAAGCAUAUACGUUCUCACACACAGUCGUCGUUGAAUAAUUACAUACCAUCAUGGUAGGCUACUGUCCAAUUUGCGGGAAGCCCGUCUACUUCGGUGAGAAGAAGAGGUCCUUAGGGAGGGACUAUCACCCUCUGUGUCUCAAGUGUCAAAAGUGCAACAGACAGCUCACACCAGGUCAACAUGCUGAGUAUGACGAAAAGCCAUAUUGUUCACACUGCUACCUGAGGAUGUUUGGUCCAAGAGGUAACAGGUGACUGGAGUCUCUAUGGUGCAUUGCAGCUCGUUCACACACUGAGCCGACAUGGACUGAAGGAACACAGGGACAAAAAGAAUGAAGAGUAGGCCUAAAUAAAUAAAUACAUAUAAAUGAUGGACAGAUAUCUAACUAUCCAUCUACUAUAAUUUACACAAAAUUAAAAUAUUUAUAAAUGUGUGAUGACCACUUGAUGCCGUGUGUAUGUGAUUGUUCACUUUUAUAAUGUAAAUUCAUUUUCCGUCUGUAUUAAUAAAUGUCAAUGCCAAUGUCAAACCA